CCGCAGGAGCCAGAUCGCUGACUUGGUUUGGUUCCUCCACAUUGAUAACACCGCUUCUAGAGCCGGUCGUCAGGGGACAUUUAACCCGGAGAUUGUGUGCGUUUACGCGCGGCGGAGCUUUGAUUUACUGAGUGCGUUGCUGUUCGACAGGGCAGAGGCGCACGGGCAGCUGAGGGCUCAGCGGAGCUGAAGGUUUCUUUUUGGCGUCUUGGUGAUUCAAAGCGAACAGGAGGAGAGAUCCUGAGCCGGAGAGAGCGGCGGCACAAGGACUGCGUUUCUGCUUGCUUUAUCUUUGCAUUGUGGAACAUUUAUUCUCAGAUUUUCUUUUUUUCCCCAGUUCGUACGCAACGUUGCGAUCCUCUCUGGGAAAUUCAAUGUGAGUUGGAGAAACUGUUCGCUGCUCGGAGCGGAGUUGAUCCGGUGGGAGAGUGUUCGUAGCGCAGGCAGAAUUGUUGUGGAUUUUCAACAUCAAUUCACUUCUUUAAGUAGAACUGGUUUUCAUUCAAGAGUGAGCGGUUGGUGUAAAGCAAUCUAUCUGACUGACAAGAAACCGCUGUUUUCAUUGAAGAAAGACAUUUAAGCUUUAAUUUUGUAAUUGAUACCGAGGAGAGAGCAACGUCUGUGCGGGAAAGCGUGAAGUUCACUCUCAUCCCUUCUCAUCCCCACACUUCACCACCGCGUCCAUCAGAAUCUUUAAACCUGAACCAGAGGAGGGACUGUAAUCAGUUUGGCUUCGUCGGGGUUGCAGAGCAAAUAUGCCGCAGGUGGAAAUGAUCCUCUUCCUCAUCCUCAUCAUUGGGAUGUGUGUGUACGGCCAGGACCCGGCUUCCAAGGUGGUGUCCGACCGCUACGCCGUCUACUGGAACCGGACCAACCCCAGGUUUUACCGGGGCGAUUACCACAUCGAUGUCUGCAUCAACGACUACCUUGACGUCUACUGUCCACACUACAUUGGCCCGGUCUCUGACGAGCGGGCCGAGCGCUAUGUCCUCUACAUGGUGAACUACGACGGCUACAGCUCCUGCGACCACACUGCCAAGGGCUUCAAACGCUGGGAGUGCAACAGGCCUCUGUCGCCGAAUGGACCGCUGAAGUUCUCAGAGAAGUUCCAGCUCUUUACUCCCUUCUCCUUAGGCUUCGAGUUUCGCCCUGGCAGAGAGUAUUAUUAUAUCUCCUCUAUCACUGACGACAAGGGAAGAAGGAGCUGCCUUCGACUCAAAGUCUUCGUCAGGCCUCAAAACAAUUGUGUGAAAAACUCUGGGAGCGUGCAGGAAGGGGUCGAUUUUGACGAGAACAGUCACAACUCCCUAGAACCCAGAGACGGCAUUGGUCACGAGUCGCCGGAGCCGGCUCGAAGGGAUGUGAACUCCGUUGAUCGGCGCCAGAUUUCAGUCCUACUGCUCAGCUCUGCCCUCAUACUCCUGGCUGCCAUCUUGUCUUUAUAGCGCCCGGUCUGAAGAAUCCUCCAGGAAUUAACUGUCCUGAUUGGACCACAGGCCGCCAUACCCUGCAACCCCUCCCCUCAAGGAGCACUUUUAAAAAAAAAGAAAAAAAAAAAACACUGACAAUCUCUCUAGGUUAAAAGAGAGAGGAAGGGACUUCAACACUGAAGCCGUUGUUGUUUUUUGACUUGCCAACUAGUGUGAUUCUUGACUCGCUGGUGGGUGCUGAUGGUUUAGGCGCCUCGAGGUGACAGAGGCGGAGUCUCUUACCUAUUUGCCUCGCUACCGUUCACAGUAUGCAGAUUUUAAACAUUUCUUUGUGUUAAAGACAAGCACACAUACAUGCUUUUAAAGAUCUACACACACACACACACACACGCAGAACACAAACUACACAAUCAGUAUAAUCUUUAGCUUGAAUGGCAAAGAAGCACAGCAGGAGCCCUCAAGGGUUUACAGACUUUUACAAUUUUUUGUGUUCAGGAAAGCAUCACAUAACCCCCGAUAUGUAACAUGAUUAAACCUCACGUUUAAGUGGAAGAGGUUUCAAAAAUGAUCCGGGAGCCACACAUCACAUACGGGCCGAUGGAAAACAAGAAGGAUGUUGUUUCUAGGAGACUGUUGCCAAGGGUGCCAAGGAUGUAUGGUCUCAGACUGUGGACGACCCUUGUUGAGAGUAAAAAAUUAACAGAAACACUCUUCUUUUAGUGUUUGGAUAGGGGCGAUUUAAUGAUUGAUUAAUGUAUUUGGUUUUUUUAAUACGUACACGUAAUUCAAUUGUAGCAGCCAACACGGGUGUACAGUAAAAUAUUUGAAUGGAGCGUAGAAGUCAGUAUGGUAUUUUGCCAGGCAAAAAUGUAUUUUCAUAUUUAUUGUGAAGUCCGUGUGUUUUCUGUUCUGGUUUAGUCUGUAAGUACAGUAGAAAGGCAAUAAAAAGCAACUAUACUUACCCAUUACGUUAGUUCAUAUUAGGCACAGUUAAUUUGAUACAAUCAUACAGAAACACUGAGAACAGUUUAUGUAUCUGCUUUGAUUGAUUGCUGGUUUUUUUAAUUGUUUUUAACAAAGUCCAGGAAGAAAAAAAAAGUCUGAUGUGCUAUCAGGGUGUAGAAAUUGUAGAAUAUUUGUGUUUUCGAAUUUGUCAUUAAAAAUGUCACAAAUGUAGUUUUACUAUUA